GACAUGAUGCCAGCCGCGCCUUCGCCCAGACCCCGACCCGAAACCGGAAGCGGGGCGCCCCGCGGCUCGGCUCGCUCGAGGCGGGCCCGCGGAUUGGCUCCCGCGCCGGAAGUCGCCCUUCCACCAGAGGGAGGAGCUUCCCGGGAGAGGCCGGGAGGGUGGGCGGGCGCUCAGGGGGUCAGAGGUCGGCUCCGUGGGAAGGAGACGCCGGAUCCGGCCUCCUCCAGCUGGAGCGGCGGCGCGGGGCCCGGAGCCCCAGAUCUCCUGAUGAUGGGGUGCAGCCCCGUGUUUGCCAUGCAGCAGAUGGCGAGUGCGCCCCACACAUUGGCACGGAGAAGCCUCCUGGGAAGGGAUCUCUUUCUGAUCCGGAGUCUCUGCAGCUCAGGCUCCAGCCAGCCUGGAGAGAAGCGAUCUGAAGAGGUGGCGGCCCUCCGCCUGUCUCACCGCCUGCCAGCACUCGGCAAGGCCCUGGGGCACAGCAUUCAGCAGAAAGCAGCCUCCACUGCCAAGACGUGGUGGGACCGAUAUGAAGAGUUUGUUGGACUUAAUGAGGUGCGAGACGCCCAGGGAAAUGUGACCGAGGCAGAGAAAGUGUUCAUGGUGGCCCGAGGCCUCGUCCGAGAGGCUCGGGAAGCUCUGGAAGUUCAGCAGACCAAGCUGAAAGAGGUGAGGGCCCGCUUGGACCGCGUCUCCAGGGAGGACAGCCAGUACCUGGAGCUCGCCACCCUGGAACACAGGAUGCUGCAGGAAGAGAAGAGGCUGCGCACAGCCUACCUGCGUGCCGAGGACUCUGAGCGGGAGAAGUUCUCCCUCUUCUCAGCCGCCGUGCGGGAGAGUCACGAGAAGGAACGCACAAGGGCGGAGAGGACCAAGAACUGGUCCCUCAUCGGGUCAGUCCUGGGAGCCCUAAUUGGUGUGGCUGGUUCGACCUACGUGAACCGUGUCCGGCUGCAGGAACUGAAGGCCUUACUCCUAGAGGCCCAGAAAGGCCCCGUGAACCUACAGGAGGCCAUCCGUGAACAAGCAUCUAGCUACUCCCUCCAGCAAAAGGAUCUCCAGGACCUCAUGAUGGACCUGAGGGGCCUGGUGCAUGCUGGGAAGGGCCAGGGUUCGGGGUCACCAACGGGCAGCCCCAGGAGAGACGGAGACACAGAUGUCUUUUCAGCCGCCGUGAAAGAACAGCUCAGUCACUCCCGGCAGGUCCAAUCCUGUCUUGAGGGUUUACGAGAACAGAUUGAUGGCCUGGAAAAGACUUGUAGCCAAAUGGCUGGGGUGGUGCAACUUGUUAAGGCUACUACACACCCAGGCCUGGGGGAGCCAGUAGAUGGGGCUCUGUCCAGCCCUUUGCUUGAGCAAGGGAGCGUGAUUCUGGCCUUGUCUAACAUGGAGCAGAAGCUAGAGGCCCAGGUUAACAGGAAUACCUUCUACAGCACUGCCCUCACCUGCGUGACGUUUUUGGUCACACUCCCUGUGUUCUACAUGCUGUUCAAGGCUAGCUAGUCCCUGGAGCCACUUCCAGAGGGCCUCCGGGUAAAUAGGACUUUCUCUGUUUGGGGGUGUGUUUUUUUUUUGAGGGGGGGUGUUGGUCAUGGGUCUUGAACUCAGGGCCUGGGUGCUGCCUCUGAGCUCUUUUGCUCAAGGCUUAGUGCCCUACCACUUUAAGCCACAGCAGCUCCACUACUGGUUUUUUGGUGAUUCAUGGGAUAUAAAUCUCACGGAUUUUACUGCCCGGGCUGGGCUUUGAACCGCGAUCCUCAGAUCUCAGCCUCCUGAGUAGCUGGGGUGACAGGCGGGAGGCACCGGCACCCAGAUGGACUUUUCUUUUUGUG